CUAUAUCACGCCUUAAAAAAUUACGUGCUUUAUAGCGUGAUUGCGUGAUCGUAAACGUAACGAUGAAUCUGUUGGCGACAAGCUAUCUCCUGCGAUAUCCUGCGGGGUAUAGUAAAGCCUCAUCAGCAGUAUGAUGUAUGCGAGGUAUAUAAUCCUCGAAUAAUCUACCCCACGUUAAACAUCGUGUAUCAUAUCACUUAUCUACCUCAACGCUCUCAAUAUGGCACCAGCGGUUACUAUUGACGAAGUUUCCCAGGCUUUGCCUUCUCAUACGAAGAAUAAAGCUUCCCAUUCGUCGCCAUUGAGUCUUUCCGGAGCUUUAGAUAAGUUCACUUACGAGGAUACAACUCCAGCAAUUGGUCGCGAAUUCCCCGAUGUGAAUAUUGUUGAUGAUUUGCUCAAUGCAAGCAAUACCGACGAAUUAGUUCGCGACCUUGCCAUCACUAUAUCUCAAAGGGGUGUAGUGUUUUUUAGAGCACAGGAUAAUCUCACCGAUGAGCUUCAAAAGCGCCUAGUUCACAAACUUGGGCAGCUCACCGGGAAGCCCACGGAUUCAUCGCUGCAUAUUCAUCCGAUUCUGAAUGGUACCUCGGAGUUCGGAGUUGGUGAUAACCAAAUUAGCACGAUAAGUUCUGUGCAGCGGAAGAAGCUCUUUAAACCCGAGCAACAAGCGGAUAGGAGGCGCUACGAUUCGGCGCAGUGGCACUCCGAUAUACAAUUCGAACCAGUGCCUGCUGAUUACACUUCCCUUCGCCUGACUCAACUCCCUAAGACAGGCGGCGAUACGCUGUGGGCGUCAGGAUAUGAUAUCUAUGAUCGGUUCUCAAAGCCGUACCAGAAGUUCUUCGAGGGGUUAACCGCAUCCUUCAUUGGUGAUGGUUUCAUCAAAGCUGCGGAUGCCGAUCCUGAAAAUAUCAAGAUUUACGAAGACUCAAGGGGUAACCCCGCCAACUCCGGAAGGACACUGAGAGCGGUACAUCCCGUGGUCAGAACCAAUCCCGUUACAGGCUGGAAGAGCAUUUUCGCGGUCGGACCCUUUCCGAAGUACAUCAAUGAAUUGACUGCGGAGGAGUCCUCGGAGUUACUCGAUAAGUUCAAGCGGACUAUCAUUGAGAACCACGACAUACAAGUUCGAUUCAAGUGGAGGAACAAGAACGAUCUCGCAAUCUGGGAUAACCGAAGUGUCUUCCAUACUGCCACAUUCGACUACGAUGGGCUAGGCGAGAGGUUUGGAAACCGCGCGGUCGGGAUUGGUGAGGCACCGUUUUUGGACAAGAAUAGCAAGUCUAAGGCCGAGGCAUUAUCUACCUCUUAAGAGAUAAUCGUAUGGGUUCUUAUCAUA